UUUUCCCAGUUUGGAACUGGUUUGGAGAUGGAGGACGGUUCCGUGCCUCAGUUUCCCCAGUUUGGAACUGGUUUGGGGCACCUUUGGGAGGAGGAGAACGGAUCCUUGCCUCAGUUUCCCCAGUUUGGGGCACCUUUAGGAGCUGGAGAAUGGAUCCGUGCCUCAGUUUCUCCAGUUUGGAACUGGUUUGGAGGUGGAGGAGGGAUCUGUGCCUCGGUUUCCCCAGUUUGGAACUGGUUUGGAGGCGGAGGAGGGAUCCAUGCCUCGGUUUUCCCAGUUGGGAACUGGUUUGGAGGCAGAGGAGGGAUCUGUGCCUCAGUUUCCCCAGUUUGGAACUGGUUUGGAGAUGGAGGACGGUUCCGUGCCUCAGUUUCCCCAGUUUGGAACUGGUUUGGGGCACCUUUGGGAGGAGGAGAACGGAUCCUUGCCUCAGUUUCCCCAGUUUGGGGCACCUUUAGGAGCUGGAGAAUGGAUCCGUGCCUCAGUUUCUCCAGUUUGGAACUGGUUUGGAGGUGGAGGAGGGAUCUGUGCCUCGGUUUCCCCAGUUUGGAACUGGUUUGGAGGCGGAGGAGGGAUCCAUGCCUCGGUUUUCCCAGUUGGGAACUGGUUUGGAGGCAGAGGAGGGAUCUGUGCUUCAGUUUCCCCAGUUUGGAACUGGUUUGGAGGCAGAGGAGGGAUCCGUGCCUCGGUUUCCCCAGUCUGGAACCAGUUUGGAGAUGGAGGACAAACCCAUGCUUCAGUUUCCCCAGUCUGGAACCAGUCUGGAGAUGGAGGACAAAUCUGUGCUUCAGUUUCCCCAGUUUGGAACUGGUUUGGGGCACCUUUCGGAGCUGGAGAACAGAUCCGUGCCUCAGUUUCCCCAGUUUGGAACCAGUUUGGAGGCGGAGGAGGGAUCCGUGACUCAAUUUCCCCAGUUGGGAACUGGUUUGGAGCUGGAGGAGGGAUCCGUGCCUCAGUUUCCCCAGUUUGGAACUGGUUUGGAGGUGGAGGAGGGAUCUGUGCCUCGGUUUCCCCAGUUUGGAACUGGUUUGGGGCACCUUUAGGAGCUGGAGAAUGGAUCCGUGCCUCAGUUUCUCCAGUUUGGAACUGGUUUGGAGGUGGAGGAGGGAUCUGUGCCUCGGUUUCCCCAGUUUGGAACUGGUUUGGAGGCGGAGGAGGGAUCCAUGCCUCGGUUUUCCCAGUUGGGAACUGGUUUGGAGGCAGAGGAGGGAUCCGUGCCUCGGUGCCCUAUAGGUGCCACAAGCACCCUGCAAAUACCAUGAAGGUGCCCUAUACGUCCCUGUGA